AGAUACAAUUCGUUUGUCUCCGGGGGAACAAUUUCGAGACGGAACUGUUUCCGGUAGUCGGUUACUUGUGUGCGUCAACGUUGGCUUACGUUUAAUAAAAACAUAAAUAAUAGAGAUGUUUUUAGAUGGUUUAUUUUAGCUCGACGUGUUAACCCGGUUCUAGUAUACUCUGUAUCAAUGGGUGCAUAUUACUGUGCCAUAUGUAGGCAAACAACAUUCAACGGGAAGGGACAUAUCUUCGGAAAAAAUCAUCAGAGCAGACUGAGAGUGGUUCUUCUUAAAUUCUUAGAAAAAGUGAAGGAAGCUCGCCGAACACUUAAAAAGCCCCAAGUGGAAAAGUUCGACUGCACCCAGCACAAGCAGACAUUCUGGUGUUACUGCUGUGAGCUUGAAGUCGACAGAAACGUUACAGACGGCAACAUGACUGUGCUGUACGGAGGCUUGUUAGAACACAUGGCCACCCCAGAACACAGGAAAAAUACACACAAGUUCUGGUGGGAAAAUAAGGCUGAUCCCAAGCUUAGAGACAAGGUCAUCAUCACAGAGAAGGAAAGUGAAAGAUUUAAAGCUGAACUCCCAAACGUGUUAGAAUCAUUUGUGGAGAAGGAGGAUGAAUUCAUUAAACAGCAAGCUGACUAUAUCCGGUCCCAGGAGAAGCAUCGUCAAGAGGUCCUUCAGUCUCUUUUAGAGCGUGACGCAGAGCCAGAGUUGUUCAAUGGACCCAAUGGCACAGACAUGUCAGCGGAGGAUACUGUCAGCUCUCAGUUUACAUCUCAGGGAUCAGACCAGCAGCCAGGUAGCAGCUUCGUCGAUUCAGUGGUCGAAGUACCGUGGGCUGCAACAGGACAAGGCCUGACUUUCAUAGGCUAUCAGGAUUCAUCAAACAGUGGAAAUGUUCAUACAGGCGCUGUUCCUCCUUGGCUCCAGGAUGAUCCUCUGGAGGGGACCUCCAGUGCUACAGCACAUCCAGAGAUUGGCCCGUCACUGCAAGAGUUCCUCAAACAAAAGGAGCAAGAGAAGCUGAGGAAGCUUCCACCGAACAGAGUUGGGGCCAACUUUGAUCACAGCUCACAUACAGACGCCAACUGGCUUCCUUCUUUUGGUAGAGUGUGGAACAGUGGCCGACGCUGGCAAUCGAGGCACCAGUUCAGACAAGAAGAAGGGCAGAAGAACAGACAAAAGAGGAAGAGGGAGCACAACACAGAAGGAUCAAAGAAAGCAAAAACAAGUGAAUGUCUGACAAACUCUGACAACGCUUAAAACCAAGCAUGCUGUGUGAGAAUUUAUGAGUGUAGGGAUGUAUAUAGUUUCCAAGAUGUAAAUGAGGUUUUUAUACUAUUUGUGAGGGGUUGUACUUGGUUGAAGUGCUCAGGCCGACUGGACACUAACCUUUUCUGUAACAUAAACAGUAAAGUCUGCAGUAAAGAUAUUAACUUGGUAGUGCCUGUUGGAGAUAUUUAUGUGAAAAUGUCACCUUUGAUUAUUGCAUUUAUUUUGUAUAAAAACAGCAUGGUGAGCUCAUGUGUAAUCACUCAACAACACCCUUCUGCACACUCAGAUUAAAACCAAACUGGUCACUGAGCUACUUUUUAUUUAAUCAGCUGCAAAUCUGUGACUUCAGUCAAAGACACACAGAGCAAGAAGCCUCAUUGAAAUUCAUAUCCUGCUCACAUUCUCCCACCAGAUGGGAGCUCUUUGAAAUCUGAGGACAGUGUGACUGUUCCGGCAAGUAAACAGCAGGGGGCGCAAGGCACUCACCUAGCAAAGGCACUUCUUGCGUGUUCAGAGAGAAGUUGACAUAAAGGCAAAUCUCUUUAUGCCAAACCUAAACUGUAUUAUCCAUUUUUAAACAUGUUCUUUUUUUGCAAAAAUAUAAGAUAUUUAAUCAUGACAGGGUUUUUUUGUAGCUGAGUAUUUUUUCUAUUUCUCAGAUUUUGACCUAUCAGUAUUAUUUUGUAAACAAUCCACAGCAGUAAUACCUAUAAUGUUCUCAGUGUUUCUCUACAAUAAACACAUCUCUUUUUUGUGGUGAACCUGUACACUAAAUGAUGAGCUUUCAUUUCCCUUUUCAGAUCAUGUUAUGUGAUGGGAAAGGCUUAAAGG